AUGUCUUCCACCACGACCACAGAGACCCAGGCUGAGGCGGCGUCCGUCAAGCUGACCUUGGCUUAUGACGACAAAAUCCAUGACCAGUACAAGUACUCACAGUACCUGCCCGUCUACGACGAAAAGACAUCGUUCCCUCCGCUGCAGCCUUUCGAGUUCACGGAUCGCGGGCUGGCGGCAAACAAGGAGAAACCCAACCUGCUCCCCAAGGACAACGCAGGAAUCAAGGCAACAAAGCUGACGCCCGUCAUCGGAACCGAGAUCAGGGGCCUCCAGCUGUCGCAACUCGACGACAGACAAAAGGACGAGCUCGCGCUCCUCAUUGCCGAGCGCGGCGUCGUCGUCUUCCGCAACCAGGACUUCAAGGACAUCAGCAUCGACAAGCAGAAGGACUUUGGGCGAUACUUUGGUCCCCUUCACAUCCAUCCCGUGGGUGCCCAUGUCAAGGACCAUCUGGAGUUCCACAAUAUCUAUCUGGGCCCGGACAACGAGUACCGCAAUCGAAACAAGAGCAACAAGCUCUCGACCAUCGGGUACCAUUCUGAUGUCUCAUACGAGCACCAGUCGCCUGGCGUCACGAUCCUGACGUUGCUCUCGGUGCCCGAGACCGGCGGCGAUACGGCGUGGGUUUCUCAGACGGCGGCGUAUGCGCGACUCUCGCCGCCGAUCCAGACGCUCCUUGAGGGGUUGAGAGCAGAGCACAGCGGAUUUCCUCAGGCGGAUAAUGCGCGGCGAGACGGAAAAUUUGUGAGGAGGGAGCCGGUCAAAUCAGAGCAUCCCAUUGUUCGCAUCCACCCAGCGACCGGCCAGAAGGCAUUGUUCGUCAACCCCGGCUUCACGAAGAGAAUCAUUGGACUUCGAGACGAGGAGUCGGAUGCGUUGCUGAAGCUGCUCUUCAAGCACAUCAACCACGGCCAAGACUUCCAGGUGCGCGUUAAGUGGGAAGAGGGAACUGUGGCGCUGUGGGACAACCGCGUAACGGCGCACACGGCAAUCUCGGACUACAACGUCCACAACCCGCAGGAAGGACUGCGGCACGGGUUCCGGAUCACAACGCUGGCGGAUAAGCCGACGGGGGCGAACGGCCUGGAAUCCACGUGGUGA